AUAAAGUGCGGGUUCUUGUAAAGCGUGCAUGCCUGUCACAUAACACUUGGAACUCUGGCAGCUUUUACAUGUCUGACUUUACAGCUGCGCUCCCGCAUUUCAAGGAAUAAAUUGCUGCAAGGUACCCAUUAUAACUACACCCGGGUCUAGUGUGGCGAUUGUAGAUUGAUGUCUUGCCAAAGGAAGUUAGCGGUAAACUUCUCACAUCUAGUGAUCGUCGUCUCACUUACGGUUGGAUUAUAAAUGCGUUUUCGCUGUAUGACUUUACUAUAGGUUCUGCGUGUAUCGAGGUUAUACAUGUCGGGAUGACGUAGUCUAGGUCAGAAGAGAGGGUGACGGGAAGUAAUGAUUACCUAGGUUCCUACAAGGCUUAAUAGUGUGUCAAUCGUCAGGAUGCCUAGACGGAACCAACUGGUUACACUCUGCUUCUUCGUUGUAUGUGCAGGUGCUGCAGUUCUUUACCUGACUCGUAAUGGCAGAAUAGAGGGUCAUUCGACUUACAAUAUCGAUCAAGCUGAGGACAACAUACCCCUGGAGAAGCUAAUGAAGGACUCCGUUCAACGUCUCACUCAGGGCACGAAUCUAGAUAACCCUUCUAGCAGGAAAGUUGAGGCAGAUCAUCAACUUAUAUCCAUCCUUCAGCAGCGGAAGGCACGGUUGAAAGAACAGUGCGCCCUCAUGAGAGAAACUCAUCAGAUCCAAGAUGUAGCCUUACAUCCACCAGAACAACUCAUCGUUAACGAAGAACAUCGAAUCAUCUACUGUAACGUACCUAAAGUGGCCUGUACCAAUUGGAAGACCGUUUUUCUGGAGUUAGGAGGCUUUGCGCAUCUCAAUACUUCAGGCAAAUACCAUCUCGGUCCCAAUGCAAAAGGAAGACUCUAUCUUGAUUACCUUCACCAGUACAACAUCAGCCAGAGGCGAUUCAUGCUACAAAACUACACGAAGUUCGUCUUCGUGAGACAUCCCUUCACUCGGAUUCUUUCCGCUUUCCGAAACAAGCUCGCUCCGAAUAUUUCUUUCUUUUUUCGGCAUGGAGACGAAAAGGAGCAAUGGGUUUCAAAAUAUGGAAAACAGAUUAUAAAGAGUUACCGCGGCAACUCGGAAGCCCGCCGUGUUAGCUCAAACUGGAAACAAGAAUACGAUCUUACUUUUUCAGAAUUUAUUCGGUUUCUGGUGGAUGCCGAUACAGAUUCCUACAACAAACACUGGUCUGAUAUCUAUUCCAUGUGCCUACCUUGCGAUAUCGACUAUGACAUCAUUGGCAAAUACGAGACAAUAAACGAAGAUGCCGACUUUGUUCUUCGACUUGCAAACAUUGAUCCAGACAUUACAUUUCCCAAACCAAAUCUGUCUUCUAUGACAAACAGUUCUGACCCAACGUUGGCCGAUAAAUUUUACCGGGAUGUACCUAGGUCACUUGUGUACAAACUUGCUAUGCUGUAUGCUGCCGAUUUUAACUUAUUUGGCUAUCAUGUUGAUCCGUAUAUAUAAGCCUGAUGUGAAAUGAGAAAACAAAUACAAUUUGUAUCAUUAUCUUCACUAGGUUUUGAUAAAGUUGUUCGGGUACUCGUCAGGAUGGAUCAGCUAAUACGGCGUCCUCAUGUCAGAGGACCUGUGAUAUUCUUUUCUCAAUCGGGCAUCGUCCUACGUCUUGUUAAAAACAAACAAGCAAAUAAAUUGAUAAUGCUUUCGUGGUUUGAUGUAUUUGUUUGCGCUGUAUUUUAUAGAGUCUGAUGAUAUUAAAUACUGAUCAUGAAAUAAUAAUGCCAAAGAAACUGUCUGGAAUGACCUAGGACCGGUUGGUCUUGUAAAACCGUAGUGAUGCUGUUUGCUACGAGGUUUUAGAUUAGAAUAAUCAAAAUGAAAGAGAAAAAUUACUCAAUUCUUGCUGUAAAUAACAUAUCAGAAGAACAGUUCAGUGAAAGUUUGAUCAAAUUCCGAUAAAAAAUGAGAAAGUUAUGAAUUUUUGAAGUCAAACACAAUUUGCACACAAUACUGUGAUGUACUUUGCAAGCGACUCUCCGCUUUGCAUUAUACAGAAAAUUGCAUAUACUUUCAUUUUCGUCGUUAUUAAUGACGUAUUAGAUUUCUUUUUGCAUACAGGGGUUGUAUAGAAACAUAUUUUCAAUAGUUAUAUUUAGUAUGCAGGUAUAAUUGACAGCUUUCUAGAAGUAAAAUGCAAUUUUCUGAUUGUUUUAGUACAGAGCAAAUGCGACGUUUCUUGCGAGCUCCUCUCCAGUUUUCAUGAACUUUCAUUCCCUUCAUUUUUUAUGAAGAUAUAGUUUUUUCCAUACAGGGAUUUUAUAGAAACUCAUUUGCAAUAAAUAUAUUUAGGGUGCAGGUAUGAUUGACAUUUUUUUCUAGAAGGAAAGUCUAAUUUUCAGAUUUGUUUAGUGCAUACCAAACGGAACGAGAGCUUGCAAGAUACGUCACAGAGUUGCCAAAUUGAGUUUGAUUUAAUCGCAACUUUGAAAACCCAUUCACUGACCUGGCCUAUUUUUCUGCAUCUAUCAAACCCAACUUGAUAUCUGGAUGGACUUCCCCUUUUAGAAACUCCACCAAUAAUGAGAGCUCCAUUGCUUUAAUACAGCAAGCCGAAGGUGACGUGAUCCCCAAAUGUGUACGCCGGCCGGCAGCAGAUAUUUGAUUAAUCGUAGGAUGGCAAGUGAAGAUUUAAAUGCAAGCUAUGCGAUAAGUCUUAUAGUGUGUAUUACUGUUACUCGUAUCAAAGUUUAGUAUUCAGUUCUCCAUUAUAUUUCGAUGGCACAUACAUGUACUAUUGAGCAACAAACUUCAAUACCGUGAGUAUGCGUUGGAUUGUUACGAUUUUAUUGUAUAACUAGGAUACCCAAUAUAUCCUAAUGCUAACCUUAAACUCGUUGAAAUCCUAAACCCUAAACGUGACCCGAACUCUACUUCAAAUCCUAAAUCACAUAUUGUACUACUAUAAAUAGGUCUUUGAUCAGCAUUGAUAUCUAAUUAAGUGUAUUCAUUAUUGAGAAUAUGAGUAAUUAUUGGAUGGUCGACGGUUCGUUUAAAGCGUAGCUUGUAUCCUUUCUCAGUUCCUAUGAUUAAAGAUUUUCGCCGCCCGGCAGGUGCGCCCACGUUAUAGUUGAACAGACGUCUUUUCAGUUUUGUUAGUGCGCCAUCUUCGUCUUGCAGCAGGUGAGGGAUUUAGUUUCCUUUGGACUGCUGAGAGAGUAGUCUGAUGAUGAAGAAAAAAAUAAUGAUGAUGAAGAAAAUAUUAAUAAUAAUCACCAACAGCAAUAUUAACAAUUAUAAUAAUAAUGAUUAAUAUAUUGCUCAAAACUAGUCAGCAUCAUCAUCAUCGUCAUCACUAAGGUAAUGAUGAUAAUGAAGAUGAUGGUGAUGAUGAUGAUGAUGAUGAUAAUAAUUAUGAUGAUGAUGAUGAUACAAAUUAUGAUAACAAGGAUGUUAUUGAUGAUGGGAAUGAUGGUGAUACUGAUAAAUUUGAUAAUGAUGAAAAUUAUGAUGAUAAUUACAUUACAAAAAAACUUCUCGACUAAAACAAACUUUCGCUCACUCGCAGUAGUCGUCUGCGAAUUUUACUCCUGUUAAUCUAAUAUAUCCGGACCCGAAUCAUUAUUACAUCUUGGAACCAAAUACAUUUGUAAGAAAAUAAAUACAUAUUCACUCGAUUCAUAAUUAUCGUAUGGCAUGAUACGGCGACCAGAAUGUACAUGUUUGUAUGUAUUAUCCCUGAGGAGCCAUUAGGUUUGGUCAUACCCGAACGGCUGAAGACAACUUCACGCAAUUUGUAUGCUUAAUUUAGAAGUCGAUGAUUUUAUGUUUUCACCAGCAAAACAUUAUCCGGAAAAAAAUCAUGAAAUCAAUGAACGAAAAAAAAUUAAUCAUACGCAAGCUAGUACGUUGCGGAUGGAUGGAGACGAAUUAGAUGAAGAAAAAACGCAACUAAAACAGAACAGAUUAUUAGAAAUUGGGCUAUGGCAACUAGCAAGAUCCGUGGAACGCAGGAAUAGGCGCAGGAAUAAUUUCCACAGUCCCAGGAGUCUCUACUAUUAUCAAGUUAUCAAGUUAUGCGAAUAAAAUUGAAUAAAAAACGUUAUAAUUAGUUGUAAUUAUUCAUAAUAAAUGUUGAUUUAUAGUGA